UGCUUUGUCUGUUUGUUUUUUUUUCUCUAAAUAUUACUGUUGGCAAAUAUGGAUGUCUCUAAGCUCUGCUCUAGUCCACCUACUGAUGUUGCUGUAUCUACGCCAAAGUAUAUUCAAUAGACUUGUUCUGUUUUGUCUGUCGUUUAACAUUCUCGUUCAUUUCAGACCUGAUCGAGGAAAAACACCUGCUAGUCUAGAUUUCAUCUUGUCUUCCCAUGAGGAACCUACACGAACAUUAACAGUUGACCUGAUUGUAGAUGAAUGUUCAAAGAUAUGUCAAGGCAUUUGGCAAUUGCAGUCGUACCACAAGUCAGUUUCGGUAAAAACGAGAGAAAACAUGAUUGACGACCUUUCGACGAAUGCAAAUCAACUUUACAAUAUAAUUCGGUCUCCUGGGACAAGUAAAAACAAGAGAAGAGCCUCCAGCCCUUUAAAAAAAUACGACGACGAUGAGGAUGAGGAAGAAGAAGAAGAUUACGACGACGAUGACGGAGAAGAAGGGACACAUGAAAGCAUAAUAAAUCCCUCGUUCAAAUUCAAAAAUCAUGCAGAAUACGAAUUGAUUAGACAAGCAAGGAACUUACAGGAUGCUAAAGAAAGCCCUAAAUAUCGUAGACGAAACAGACGUAGUAUGGUUGGGCAGAAAUGUCAUUCUUGCAGUACAACAGAGACACCCGAAUGGAGAAAAGGUCCUGAUGGCGCAAGAACAUUGUGUAAUGCAUGUGGGCUCCAUUAUUCCAAGUUAUUGCGCAAAGGUUCGAUCGGUGUCCAAACACAAAACUAUUUAUUGACGGGUGGCAUUAAACCACAAACACCGUCAAUAGUAUCAGCCUCUGCCAUUAGCGAUAACAGUAAAAAUAUGCAAUCUUCUGCAAUGUCCAAUUUCCCAUUUGUCUUGAUGGACCCCAAAUAUGGUCUAGGAAGAUCCAUACAACAAACACCACCAAAUUAUACCCCAUCUUCUGCCACUGAUAUCACUUCCCCUCUGACUCAACCUCCCCCACCGAACCAGUCAUCACAUCAUUACACCUUAAGCCCACUCCGUAUACACCAAUGGAAACAGUAAUAACAUAUGUACUCUCUUAUUAUAAUAUAACAUUUUUGCCCCGCCCUUCCUUUCUCCCCUAUUUAUUCUAAAUACACUUUUAUAAUUGGUUAUUAGAAAUCCAAGUAUUUCCUUUAUCAAAAAUUAACUCGUCACACCCGGAACUCACUACAUUGCAUU